ACAUUCUCAAAAAAUUUACUAUUCAAAAACUCAUUCUUUCCCCAAAAAAAUUCUGUCAAACAGGGUUUAGUGUAGUUCUUUUUGUACAGUAGCAUUCUUCAAUAAGUCUUAGUUAACUUCAUGAACCUAUUUUCACAGAAUUUAUUCCAAGAGAGAGUGGUUAGUCGUAGGGAGGCUGAAUUUAACAGACUUGAGAUGGAGAGAGAGGAGCGGACCAACCAAAUCAUCCAGUUGCGGAAACAAGAAAGGGAGGCUAAGAGGAAAUUUAUAUAUUAUCUGAGAUGUGAGGAGGAGAGACAAAUAAGAUUGCGUGAAGAGGAAGAAGCACGGAAGCGUGAAGAGAUGGAGAGGCGGAAGAAAGAAGAAGCUGAGCGUAAAGCAAAGCUGGAUGAGAUUGCUGAAAAGCAGAGGCAACGUGAGAGGGAACUGGAGGAGAAAGAAAGGCAGAGGAGAGAGGAGCUUUUGGGGAGAUCGAAUGCCAUGCCAUCACGGCUCACCGAUCCGUCUGCCAUGUCACGUCAAGUGGAAGCACCUCCGGCUGCUACUGCUCCAGCUGCUGCACCAACUCCAGGUGUAUAUGUGCCCAGGUUCAAACGCAUGGCUGCGGAAGGUGCCCCACCUGCUGAAAAUGACCGGUGGGCCAGUGGUAGUGUUAACAGGAGAGACGACCGAACGUCUCAAGCUGGUGACAGGUGGCGUGAUGAGCAUAGAACAACUUCAUUUGGGGGUCCACCAAAGGCCACUUCCACUUGGUCAUCCUCCAGGGGCCACGAUCGUUGAGUUUGUGAUGUAUUUUGAUAUUUUGAAGAUUUUGGCUGCUGCAGUGCGGUUUGAAUGUUUUUAGGGGCACUUUCUUUCACCAUCUUCCUUGAUUUUGCUUAACGUUUGAAGUAUCAUCAAACUUUUGAUGAAUCGUGGAAUGUUAAGAGAGAUUUGAAUAUCUGAACUGUUUCCUUAUGGAUAUUGAAUUAUUUGAAGACA